ACCAAAUUGUCAUAUCUAAGAUUCUGGCAGGCGGGCCUAAUCCUGGCCUAGGCUAGGCCCACAGGGCCCAACAGGCUAUUAACGCACGCAAGAGGAGGAACGAAAGCGCGCGAAACCAAGGAUUCCGUAGCUCUCCUGAACAGAAGCUCAAACUCGGAAGUCUCAUCACAGUGACGAUCAGAAAUCUAUGGGCAAGCAAAAGCAACAGGUCCUUUCCCGCUUCUUUGCUCCCAAACUCAAAACUCCGCCUUCAUGUUCGUCUUCUUCACCACCACCACCACCACAACCACCGCCGUAUCCUAAAAUCUGCGCAACCGUUACAUUUUCUCCUUCAAAACGCAAAGCCGUUUCUACUCAGUUCCUUUCUACUAAUCCCAAGAAGCCGAAGCUCUCUCCCCACACUCACAAUCCCAUUCCUCCGCCUAAACUUCCAGAACCAUCCAACUUUACGCAAACUUCCAGCAAAAAGUAUACUCCUUUAGAGCAACAAGUAAUUGACCUCAAAAGCAAAUACCCCGACGUGCUUCUUAUGAUCGAAGUCGGUUACAAGUACCGGUUCUUCGGGGAAGACGCGGAAAUUGCAGCGAAGGUGUUGGGGAUUUACGCUCACGUGGAUCGCAAUUUUAUGACAGCGAGCGUACCAACUUUUCGAUUAAAUGUCCACGUGAGGAGAUUGGUCAGCGCGGGGUAUAAAGUUGGAGUUGUUAAACAGACUGAGACUGCGGCCAUUAAGGCCCAUGGGCCGUCGCGUUUGGGUCCUUUUGGCAGAGGGUUGUCGGCUUUGUACACGAAGGCCACGUUAGAGGCGGCUGAGGAUGUGGGCGGAGGUGAAGAAGGUUGUGGUGGAGACAGUAAUUAUUUGGUUUGUAUUGUGGAUAAUGAUAUUACUGGCAAAAAUGAUGAUGGUUUUGAUGUGAGGAUUGGGGUUGUUGCUGUGGAGAUUUCCACUGGUGAUGUAAUCUAUGGGGAGUUUAAUGAUAGUUUUUUGAGGAGUGGGCUUGAGGCUGUUGUGCUCAGCUUGUCUCCUGCUGAGCUGCUUCUUGGACAAAAGCUUUCGAAACAGACUGAGAAGUUGCUAUUGACAUAUGCUGGACCAGCCUCAAAUGUUCGUGUGGAGCGUGUCUCACACGAUUGCUUUAGUGGUGGCGGUGCACUCGCUGAAGUGAUGUCAUUAUAUGAGAACAUGAAUGAAGAAAAUUUAGUUAAUGAUGACAAGAGAAGUAUUGAUGUGGUAGAGAAGGGAAAUCAUAGCUCUACAAUUGAGGGCAUUAUGAACAUGCCAGAUUUGGCUGUCCAAGCAUUAGCAUUGACAAUAAAUCACCUCAAACAAUUUGGAUUUGAGAGAAUGCUGUGCCUUGGAGCUUCAUUUCGGUCCUUAUCAAGCAGCACACAUAUGACACUCUCAGCGAAUGCACUCCAACAACUGGAGGUGCUAAGGAAUAACUCAAACGGGUCCGAGUCUGGCUCCCUGCUGCAUAUUAUGAAUCAUACUCUUACUAUAUAUGGUUCAAGGCUUCUUAGAUGUUGGGUAACUCACCCUUUAUGUGAUAUAAAUUUAAUAUCUGCUCGCCUUGAUGCUGUCUCUGAGAUUGCAGAAUCCAUGGGAUCUUAUAAAACUUCAGAAACUGUUGGCAGGCUUGAUGAAAAUUCUGAUGUAACAAUUGUAGAACCUGAAUUCUAUAAUGUUCUUUCUUCAGUUUUGACACAUUUGGGAAAAUCACCUGAUAUCCAACGUGGAAUAACCAGAAUCUUCCAUCGCACUGCUACUCCAUCUGAGUUCAUUGUAGUUAUCCAAGCUAUUUUAUAUGCUGGAAAACAACUUCAACGACUUCACAUUGGUGAAGAAUAUAAUGAGAAAGCUGUAUCAAAGACUGUGCACUCUGUUCUAUUGAACAAAACGAUUUUAAUUGCUUCUUCAGCCACUGUGGUUGGCAAAGCUGCAAAACUGUUGUCUACUUUAAAUAAAGAAGCGGCUGAUCAAGGGGAUCUACCAAAUUUACUUAUCAUCUCUAAUGACCAGUUUGCAGAGGUUGCUAGAGCCCGGAAAGCUGUUCAAUUGGCAAAGGAGGAAUUAGAUUCUUUAAUUAGCUUGUAUCGCAAGCAGCUGGGUAUGCGCAAUUUGGUAUUCAUGAGUGUGUCUGGAACAACACAUUUGAUAGAGUUACCUGUUGAUCACAAGGUACCUUUGAAUUGGGUUAAGGUCAAUAGUACCAAAAAAACAAUACGCUAUCACCCACCUGAAGUAUUGACCGCUUUAGACAAAUUAGCAUUGGCCAGUGAGGAACUUGCUGUUGUCUGCCGAGUGGCUUGGGAUAGCUUUCUUAGAGGAUUUGCUGAAUACUAUUCAGAUUUCCAAGCUGCUGUGCAAGCUCUAGCCACUUUGGAUUGUUUGCAUUCACUUGCCAUUCUUUCGAGAAAUAAGAAUUAUGUACGUCCUGUGUUUGUGGAUGACAAUGAACCUGUUCAAAUACAUAUCUGCGCUGGUCGUCACCCAGUUCUGGAUAGUAUUCUUCAAGACAAUUUUGUCCCAAAUGACACAAACUUGCAUGCUGACAGAGAGCAUUGCCAGAUAGUUACUGGACCCAACAUGGGCGGAAAGAGUUGCUAUAUUCGUCAAGUUGCUCUCAUUGCUAUUAUGGCUCAGGUUGGUUCCUUUGUGCCGGCAUCAUCAGCAGAAUUGCACGUGCUUAAUGGCAUCCACACUCGGAUGGGUGCUUCUGACAGUAUCCAGCAAGGGAGAAGCACCUUUCUGGAAGAACUGACUGAGGCUUCUCAUAUUCUCCACAAUUGUACAUCACAGUCUCUGGUUAUUAUUGAUGAACUUGGGAGAGGCACAAGUACACAUGAUGGUGUAGCUAUUGCUUAUGCUACGUUGCAUCAUGUGCUAGAGCAUAAAAAGUGCAUGGUCCUCUUUGUUACCCACUACCCUAAAAUUGCUGAGAUAAAAAAUGAGUUUCCAGGCUCUGUGGGGGUAUACCAUGUUUCAUAUUUGACCUCACACAAUGAUACGGAGACAAUGGACACUAAAUCUAAUCAAGAAGAUGUCACUUACCUAUACAAGCUUGUGCCUGGUGUCUCUGAAAGGAGUUUCGGAUUUAAGGUUGCUCAGCUUGCACAGCUACCUUCAUCCUGUAUUAGUCGAGCAAAUAUCAUGGCUGCAAGACUGGAAGCCGAAGUAAGCUACAGAGUGGGAAACAUAAGAGGAAAGAAGCAGUUAAUAGAAAUACCAAGUGGUCAAGAACAAGAAGCGCAAGAAAACAUGUUGAUAUCACCCGACAAUUGCUGCGCAAAAAGGUUAGAGGGUCCAGAAGAAGAAUUAAGCAAUGCUUUCCAGGAGUUCUUUCUAAACUUAAAAUUUGCAACUCUUGAUGACAACCCUGCAAGAAGCUUCCAGCUUUUGAAGCAUGCCAGAAGUAUUGCUAAGGAACUUCUAAUCAGGGUGUUCUAAAUGCUGAGGGUUUCAAACAUACCAUGGUGAGAAAGCAAAAUCAUGGUUACCAAGACUCACUCAAAUGAUAUUCACCAUUCAGUUUUGUAAAUAGCAUUGUGUGAAAAAUUUUGUGUCUAUGGAUGAAUGAAUGUAAGUUGUUCUCUCUUGCCUUCCUAAUUAAUGUCCUAAUAAAAUUAUAUUUACAAAUAAUAUAUAUCAUUUUGUAGACAAAUAACAAAUUGCUACCA